AUGUCCGACUUCCAGAUGUACCACGCCCUCGGGCAGGGCUCGCCGAACCCCAAUGGUCCCACCAGGAAAGACGAGAAUAGAUUCCGCCCUCCAGUUGCCGCGAGCCCUUCGGGAUAUCAGCAGACUGACAGUCCCGCAUACGGUCAUACUCCCAAUCAGUACGCUGGCGCUCCAAGCCAAAAUGCGCCUCCAAACCAGCAACAGAGCUACUUUCCGCCGCAACCGUCGCCGCAGUAUCAAGCAGGUCCAGAUGUCAACAACUUGACACAACAGAUGGGAGGAAUGGGAUUGGGUGCGGAGCAAGCAGGACAACCCAGGCACCACAAGAAGAAGGAUCGCCACGCAUAUCACAACAUUGAAGGACCUGGCGGGAGCUCGCAGGCGUUCAAUGGCAUGCCUCAGAGCGGAACGCCCACUCAGUUUCUGAACCAGAGCUCUCCACAGGCCGGCGGAGCACAAUGGGCACAACCUCAGAUCACGCCAGCAAUGAACCAGUUCCCUGCGGCGGCACCAAUGUUCAGUCCGGCGAAUCAAGCUACAGGCAUGCAGCAUGCUGCGCGGGCGGGCACACCUCUCACUGGGACACCUGCUUCGUCAUCGCAGGGCCGCGUGGAUCCUGAGCAGAUACCAAGCAUACCGAGAUCUCGAGACGCGCCGGCGAAAUACUAUCUGGAGCACGUAUAUCCAACUAUGGAACAUCAUCUGCCUCCGCCAGCUUUGGUUCCUUUCGUCGCCUACGAUCAGGGUAAUUCCUCGCCUAAAUUUGCGAGACUGACGUUGAACAACAUUCCCUCCUCACAAGAUGCGCUCUCCGCCACACAUCUACCGCUAGGUCUCAUUGUUCAGCCACUCGCGCCGUUACAAGAAGGCGAGCAACCGAUACCGGUGCUGGACUUUGGAGAAACAGGCCCACCGAGGUGCAGGAGGUGUCGAGCAUACAUCAACCCCUUCAUGCAGUUCAAAUCAGGGGGCAACAAGUUCGUCUGCAACAUGUGUACCUUCCCCAAUGAUGUUCCUCCGGAGUACUUCGCACCUACAGAUCCGUCUGGUGUGAGGGUAGAUAGAUUACAGCGUCCCGAACUGACGCUUGGUACCGUCGAUUUCAUGGUCCCCAAGGAGUACUGGUCCAAGGAGCCUGUGGGCUUGAGAUGGCUAUUCCUGAUUGACGUCAGCGCUGAGGCUGUCAAUCGAGGGUUCCUCGACGGAUUCUGCGAGGGCAUUAUCAGCGCACUCUACGGCGGAGAGAAUGAGAAACCACAGGUAGAAGGCGAAGAGGCACCCCGAAGGCUCCCGAAAGGCGCCAAAGUCGGUAUUGUGACGUUCGAUAAGGAGAUGCACUUCUACAACCUUAGUCCAAAUCUGGACGCAGCUCAGAUGUUGGUAAUGCCGGACAUUGAAGAUCCGUUCGUGCCGCUGAGCGAAGGAUUGUUCGUCGACCCUGAGGAGUCGAAGGCGGUCAUCACUUCGCUGCUCACUCAACUACCGAAUAUGUUCUCAGAGUUCAAGAACCCAGAACCUUGUCUGCUUUCGACUUUGAACUCGGCUGUGGCAGCGCUUACAGCGACAGGAGGAAAGAUUGUGUGCUCAUUAGCUGCUCUACCGACAUGGGGCCCUGGGCGCUUGUUCCUUCGCGACGACGGCAACCUCCACAAUACAGAUGCGGAGAAAAAGCUUCUAUCGACUGAGCAUCCUGGCUACCGAAAGGUAGCGCAGAAGAUGGUGGAGAGCGGUAUCGGCAUAGACUUCUUCAUGGCAGCGCCUAGUGGCGGCUAUUUGGAUAUCGCUACAAUAGGCUAUGUGUCAGCUACCACGGGUGGCGAGGUAUAUUACUUCCCCAACUUCCACUCACCACGGGAUACGCUCAAGCUGUCCAAAGAGAUCAAGCACACUGUCACCCGAGAAACCGGUUACCAGGCUUUGAUGAAGGUGCGAUGCUCGAACGGUCUCCAGGUCGCCGCCUAUCACGGAAACUUCUACCAUCACACUUUCGGAGCCGAUCUUGAAUUUGGUAUCAUUGAUGCCGACAAAGCUAUCGGUGUCAUGUUCAGCUACGACGGCAAGCUGGAUCCCAAGCUCGAUGCUCAUUUCCAGGGUGCGCUUCUUUACACGACGGCCAACGGAGAGCGUCGGGUGAGAUGUGUAAACAUCGUCGCUAGCGUCAGCGAAGGGGCUGCUGAAGCGAUGAAGUUUAUCGACCAGGAUGCCGUCGUAAGCAUCAUCGCAAAGGAGGCUGCUGCUCGCAUAUCCGAGAAGAACCUCAAAGAGAUCCGAGGAGCUUUGACUGAGAAGACCGUCGACAUUCUUGCGGGCUACAGGAAGAACUUCACGGGACACAACAACCCUCCUGGCCAACUCGUGCUUCCUGAGAAUCUGAAAGAGUUCAGCAUGUACAUGCUAGGCUUGAUCAAGUCGAGAGCAUUCAAGGGUGGCAAGGAGCCUACCGACAGGAGAGUGCACGACAUGAGGUUGAUCAAGCACAUGGGUCCGUUGGAAUUGUCGCUGUAUCUUUACCCACGGAUGAUCUCAAUACACAAUCUGGACGAGAAAGACGGUUUCGCCAACGAAAACGGCCAUUUAAGGAUGCCAGAUGGUGUACGGGCGUCGUUCUCAAAAGUCGAGGAAGGCGGCGCUUACCUCGUGGACAACGGCCAAAUCUGUCUGCUGUGGCUGCAUGCGCAAGUGUCACCGAACCUGCUCGAGGACCUCUUCGGAGAGGGACACACCAGCCUAAAGUCUCUAGAUCCGUUUUCAUCCACAUUACCAGUCCUCGAGACACAUCUCAACGCACAAGUGCGCAACAUUCUACAAUACAUGGAGACCACCCGCGGCUCCAAAGCGCUCACCAUACAACUCGCCCGGCAGGGCCUAGACGGCGCCGAAUAUGAGUUUGCGCGGCUACUCUAUGAAGACCGCAACAACGAAGCGCAGAGUUAUGUGGACUGGCUCGUCCAUGUUCAUAGACACAUACAGCUAGAGCCGCGGCCAUGUGUCCGCCGGUCACGGUCGUGUCGGAAAACGUACGUCGACUUCGUAACUCAUACAAGACAUUCCAAGGCUAACAAUUAUGCGACAGACCGCAAGCACCCCGGUGGUCGCGGUUUAGCCGGUGGACAGCACCACCACAGGACCAACAUCGACAAAUACCACCCGGGCUACUUUGGAAAAGUCGGCAUGCGGUAUUUCCACAAGACGCAGCAGAAAUUCUGGAAGCCCGUCAUCAAUCUCGACAAGCUCUGGUCGCUCGUUCCCGCCGACAAGCGCGACGAGUACCUAGCCAAGAAGUCGGAUAAGGCGCCCGUCCUAGAUCUGCUCUCCUUGGGCUACGCAAAAGUUCUUGGCAAGGGCCGCAUCCCCGAAGUUCCCAUCGUCGUCCGCGCGCGCUACGUCUCCAAGGAGGCUGAGAGGAAGAUCAAGGAAGCUGGUGGCGUCAUCCAGCUCGUCGCAUAA